AUGUGCUUUCUGAAGGUUCAUCUUAUGACAAUAUGUCAUGAGGCUUCUGAGUCGGCCCCAGCUAAGCAUAUAACUGUUAGAAGAAUUUAUCUUCUGGGUCCUCAAGCGCGCAGCCCCGACCAAACGCCUGGCCUCCUGGCCCACGCCAUGGGGGCCGCUGGUCCUCGAGCCUCUGCAGAGAAGACUGCACGCCAGACGCGCUGCCGCCCGCAUGUGUCCUCCUGGCGGGCCGCCAGCAGCAGAGCCCCCUUCACACGCCAGCACCGGCAGAACUACGCACGCCUCUACCCAGUGCGCCUGGUCAGGCAGGACGGCUCCACCAUCCAUAUCCACUACCGAGAGCCGCGAAGGAUUCUGGCGAUGCCUCUGGACCUGGACAGCCGGUCCCCAGAAGAGCAGCGGGCGAGGUUCCGAAAACUUGAGGUCCAGCUCCGCGUGAUGAAGGAGGAGGAGCCGGUGCUAGGCCAUGGCUUUGAUGCAGAGCGGUACAAGCGGUUCUGGACCAAGAAGUGA